UGAAGUCUGAAUCCCAUAGAUAACAAGUCUUUUCCCAUUCCGUAUUGAGUUUACAAGAAGUUCGACAAAGUGAUGUGGCAAUAUUGGUAACAAAUGGCCUCAUCCCACUCCACAUCAACAUGAACGUCGACUAACCCUCCCCAACAGCACUCGCCAUCAAGAAACUAAAUCCUUCUCCAAUAUCAUCAGGACAUCUGAUGAAUGGCAGAUUCCAACAGAAGCAAUCAAAAUUCAACCCAUAUUAUGGAUGCAGAAGGAAUUGCAUCUUCCAUUCAAGGAAAGCUUGUCCAAUAUCUACCACCACCACCACCACCACCAUUAUCUCAGCGUUCCAUAUUUAAAGUGCCAAAUAUGCUAUGCAGGGAUAAUGAAAAGGCUUUCACGCCGGAGGUAGUUUCGAUCGGUCCAUUUCACCGCAACAAUAGGCAGCUGCAAGAAAUGGAAAAUAAUAAGCUAUGGUAUUUGAAAUGCCUCCUCAACAAACAAGAACUACGGAAUUGAAGAGCUUGGUAGAAGCCAUCGAAAGCAUUGAGCAGGAUUGCCGUAAAUGCUAUUCAGAAGUGGGUGAUCUUAGAAGAGACAAAUUCAUAGAGAUGAUGGUGAUUGAUGGUUGCUUUAUCCUUGAAUUCCUCCGUAGAUAUAUGGAUAACCUAUCAUUAAUACAAGCAAUGGAUGAUCCCGUGUUCAAAACGUUAUGGAUGCCAAGGAAAAUAGUAGCAGACUUGCUUCUACUUGAGAAUCAACUUCCUUGGUGCGUGCUCAACUGUUUGUUCAACCUGAUGAACCCAACAAUGCCUACAUACUUGCCGAACUGCGGACUUGAUGAUCUUGUUGCCCGUCCUUUUUUGGAGUACAGAAUGUUCAGAAUGCGUAACAGGAUUUCCCCCUGUGGAACACACAAGCAUUUACUCGAUUGCUUCCGAGCUCAGUUAGUUGAAACAUGCCCUAUAGAACUGCCUGCAUUACGGUUUCCAGCUAGAGAGGAAGCUGCCUUGGUGCGGAAACCGAUUUUGUCAGUGACGGAGCUUUUGGACUUUGAAGUUGGUUUCUUUCCUGCACCAUACGGAGAUAGAAUCCUCGAUGUAAAGUUCGAAGAUGGCAAAAUGAAAAUCCCACAAACAUUUAUAGAGGAGAACACAGAAUCUUUGUUCGCAAACCUCAUCGCAUUUGAGCAUUGUGAUCCCAGAAUGGGCACGCAAUUCACCUCUUAUGCUGCGAUCUUGGGUUGCCUUAUUAAGUCUCCCGCAGAUGCACUUCAUCUCAAACAGAAACAUAUUCUACAUAUAAUUGGUUGGAGCAACGAGCUGGACCUAGCAAGUUUCUUAAACAGGCUGAUUUAUAAUAAUCAUACUUGUUUCAAUGGUUUUCACUACUCAGACCUCUGGCUACGUUUGAACGGACAUCAGUCCCGAGCAAUUAACAGGUAUCAAGCUACUCUGAGGCGGGAUUACUUUAAAGAUCCAACGACGUUCUUUACUCUCGUAUAUGGAAUCGCGUUUAGUCUAUUUCUAGGUUUUUUACAAACCAUAUUUGCUAUCCUCUCCUACUUUAAAUAA